AGCAGCUUCUUGCAGCAUAUUUCUCUGGCUGCAGGAUAUUUUCCAGCGCAGAGGGGACCACUCAGGCGGCGCGCGUAGCCCAGAAGAAAGAGCUUCAUGAAGCACACCGGGACAGGGGUCUCCUCCAGCACAGCCUACCACUAACCCCAAGGACAGCCACACAGCACCUACCUGCACUGAUCGGCAGCUGCUAGCAGAGGAUUUGGCUCUGAGAACUGUGAGCACUGAAAAUGGAAGGAUUCCUGGGUUUUAACCAUAACCACUGUUUCUUCAUGCUGUUCUUCAUCUCCCUGAGCCCGCUGGGCCUUGCCCAGUACGAAUACUGGCCCUACCUCCCCGGUUACCCCGAGCCACCCCCCCAAGUCUACCAGCCCCCCCAGAGGCCAGCAAACGUCCCCAAAAUCCAGCUGCGUCUGGCAGGGCAGAAGAGGAAACACAACGAAGGCCGAGUGGAGGUGUUUUACAGCGGCGAGUGGGGCACGGUGUGCGACGACGACUUCUCCAUCCAUGCUGCGCACGUGAUCUGCAGGGAGCUGGGCUACGUGGAGGCUGUGUCUUGGCUACCGAGCUCAAAAUAUGGGAAGGGAGAAGGGAAAAUCUGGAUGGACAACGUCCACUGUAAUGGCAAGGAGACCACCCUGGCAGCGUGCACGUCAAAUGGCUGGGGAGUAACCGACUGCAAACACACCGAGGACGUGGGAGUGGUGUGCAGCGAAAAGAGAAUCCCUGGCUUCAAGUUUGACAACUCGCUGCUUAACCAAAUCGAGAACAUGAACAUCCAGGUGGAAGACAUAAGGAUCCGCGCCAUCCUCGCCACCUACCGCAAGCGGGUGCCCGUCACGGAGGGUUACGUGGAGGUGAAGGACGAGGGGACCUGGAAGCAGAUCUGUGACAAGCACUGGACCAUGAAAAACUCCCGAGUCGUCUGUGGCAUGUUUGGAUUUCCGAGCGAGAGGAAAUACAACACCAAGGUCUACAAGAUGUUUGCCAGCAGAAGGAAGCAGCAUUACUGGGCUUACUCGAUGGACUGCAGUGGCAACGAGGCUCACAUCUCCAGCUGCAAGCUGGGCAACCACCUCAACGUGGACGCGGAGAAGAACGCGACGUGCGAGAACGGGAUGCCGGCGGUGGUCAGCUGUGUCCCGGGACGUGCCUUUGCCCCCAGCAGCCACAGUGGCUUCCGAAAAGCCUUCAGGCAGGAGCAGCCGCUGGUGAGGCUGAAAGGGGGAGCCAACACCGGCGAAGGACGAGUGGAAGUGCUGAAAAACGGGGAGUGGGGGACAGUUUGCGACGAUAACUGGAACCUGGUGUCAGCCAGCGUGGUGUGCCGCGAGCUGGGCUUCGGGAGCGCCAAGGAAGCGAUAACGGGCGCGAGGCUGGGGCAAGGCAUGGGUCCAAUUCAUCUAAACGAAAUCGACUGCACGGGCUUCGAGAAAUCCAUCACGGACUGCAAGUUCAACAUGGAGUCGCAGGGCUGCAACCACGAAGAGGAUGCUGCCGUGAGGUGCAACGUUCCUGCGAUGGGUUUCCAGAAUCAGCUGCGCCUGAGCGGCGGCCGCAACCCUUACGAGGGCCGGGUGGAGGUGCUGGCGGAGCGCAACGGCACGCUCCGGUGGGGCACCGUCUGCAGCGAGAGCUGGGGCACCGUGGAGGCCAUGGUGGUGUGCCGGCAGCUGGGCUUGGGCUUCGCCAGCCAUGCCUUCCAGGAAACCUGGUACUGGCACGGAGACGUCAGCGCUGACAGCGUGGUCAUGAGUGGGGUCAAGUGCUCGGGGACGGAGAUGUCCCUGGCCCACUGCCGCCACGACGGAGCCGACGUCUCCUGCCCCAGAGGAGGUGGUCGCUUUGGUGCUGGCGUGUCCUGCUCAGAGACCGCCCCUGACCUGGUGCUCAACGCCGAGCUGGUGGAGCAGACGGCCUACCUGGAGGACCGCCCGAUGUUCAUGCUGCAGUGUGCGCUGGAGGAGAACUGCCUGGCCAGCUCGGCCGCCAACACCUCGGUCACCUCCGGCUACCGGCGCCUGCUGCGCUUCUCCUCGCAGAUCCACAACAACGGGCAGUCCGACUUCAGGCCCAAGAACGGCCGCCACGCCUGGGUCUGGCACGACUGCCACCGGCACUACCACAGCAUGGAGGUUUUUACCCACUAUGAUCUCCUGAACCUCAACGGGACCAAGGUGGCUGAGGGACACAAGGCCAGUUUCUGUCUGGAAGACACGGAGUGUGAAGCAGAUGUGCAAAAACAGUACGAAUGUGCCAAUUUUGGUGAACAAGGGAUCACAGUCGGAUGCUGGGACGUGUACCGACAUGACAUCGACUGCCAGUGGAUCGAUAUUACUGAUGUCCCGCCAGGCGACUACCUCUUCCAGGUUGUCAUCAACCCAAACUACGAAGUGGCCGAAUCGGAUUACUCGAACAACGUGAUGAAAUGCCGGAGCCGCUACGAUGGGCAGCGCAUCUGGAUGUACAACUGCCACAUAGGUGGCUCCUUCAGUGACGAAACGGAACAGAAGUUUGAUCACUUCAGCGGACUGACAAAUAACAAGGUGUCCACCCGAUAAAACAGCAUUGCCUCCCACCCCACUAUUUAAAGAAGCGAGGCUUCCUGCUUCGGUGAUUUCCCUAACCACUGCACACACAAAAAGAGAAUCAAGCAAACAAUCAAACUCUAAAUUAGCAAGGUAAAUUAUUUCCUAAAGAUGCCUUCCUUCCCAGUUUAGGUGCUUGGACCACUGUGUGUCUCUUGUAAUUCCAAUCCCUACGAUUUAGGAGCAGGCUUUUGAACUCUACUGGGCUCCCUAUCUUCACCAUCCCAACCUACUCCAUCAAGACUUUCUCCCUCCACUUUGCAGCGCCACCUUUAUUCAUAGACGUAGGUCCAGGCUGCGGCGAGCACAGUUUACCUUUGUUUGGGUUCCAACAACCUAAUUUUGUCUUUACCGUUAAUUUUCUUGGUAUUUUUAAGCUCUUUGACUCAAGCUUGAGCGCACCGUUGAUGCAAACGCCUCCGUUUGUGACGCUGCCUCUUGAAGGCAGCUAAUCCUCAGUACCGCCGUGUGUUUACUCCAUUUUAGCAAGGAAAUGCAGGAAAGAAAAAAAAAACGAAGCAGCUUUUUUUCUGAGCAGAACAGUCUAAAGCAUAAUUUAAUACUGCAGUCAAACUCUCGUGUUCAACAAUCAACUCCCAGCACACUCUCUUAAGCGGAGCAGCUAAUGCAGAACUGUUUCCUACAAGUGCAUCAGAGCUCCACGAAGCUACACCGCCACCGAAACACCUCGAAGACUUGGCAGAUCUCCUGAUGAUGAGUCCACUGGAUUGUGAAUUUCCAUUACACAGUAAGCUAUUCACCCCAUCGAUUCUACAUGCACCUACAUUGUACCUUUUAAGCUGGAUAUUCACGCCAUCUCUUCUUUAAAAGAUGAAUUUAGUUAAGGCAUUUUUUUUUUUAUCAUCACCGUACGUUACAGAGGUCACUUCAUGGCUUUUCAUCAUCGGGGAUCUGGACCUCCGCUGUCACAGCCCGCCUGUGUAAGUUGUCUUUAAAAGGAUUUUUACACUUGGUAAAUUCACAAUGGUGCUAAGAGUGUUCCUCUGUUUGUUUGAGGACACGUUGCUACAGCUUUUCAGACACAGCUACUUGAAUAAAAAUGUUUUACCCAG